CUCUUGCCCUCCCUCUGUGUCUGUGAUGCCGGGCUGUGGGUGAGUGUAUGCCUGUGACCAGACUGAAGCUGGGGAAGCUAAAGGUGGUGCGGCGGCAGCUGCUGCAGAGGUAUGAACACCAGCCGUUUGUCUCCUGCCUGGCCGGCCUCUAUGGGUGCCAAUGGAGACGAUACCAGAGAGCUCGGGCCCAGCCUGGAGAGUGCUGCUGCAGCAAGGUGGAGUGUGGCAGUUUUGGCCUCCUGAUCCUCACCUUCUUUCUGAGUUUUUUAUUCCUCUAUUUCUGGAGUGAAGCUCAGAACGACUACAUCGACUUUGACUGGUUUAACUUUGGGACCCUGGGCUUCUGGUUCCCCUGGUCUCUGGUGCUGCUGGUCGUCGCUGCUGCUCUCUUCACAUACAUCGCCCUACUGUUGGUGCUGGCAGUGUGUCUGCUCUCUGAGGGACAGAGGCUGUACCUUCACUGGAGUCACAAGACUGGCAUCGUGGUGGCGUUGGCCUUCUCUGUCACCGCCACCGCCAUCUUGUCUGACCUCUGGAGCAAAGAAUGGAAGACUCUCCUCCUCUCGCUGCAGGUGACGGCGCCUUUCCUCCACGUGGCCGCGGUCUCACUAAUGGCGAUUCUCUCCUGGCCAAUAGCGUUGCACUCCUUCCGCAUGAACAAGAGAAUGCGCCAGGUGGCUGUCCUGGGUCUCUACCUGUCGGUGCUCUUCUCCCUCUACCUGGUGCCUCUGGGAAUGUACUCGCCCUGCAUUAAAGAGGCAGGAACGCUGGGACCCGCCCCAAAACUCAUCGGACACAGAGGAGCUCCGAUGCUUGCUCCAGAGAAUACUUUGAUGUCGUUUGAGAAGGCAGUGGAAGCUGGAGGAGAAGGACUGGAGACUGACGUCGCCAUCAGUUAUGAUGGUGUUCCCUUCCUGAUGCACGACUCCACUCUGAGCAGAACCACCAAUGUUGCCGAGGUUUUCCCAAAUCGAACCCACGUCGACGCCUCCAUGUUCACCUGGGCCGAGCUGCAGCAGCUGAAUGCUGGCGCCUGGUUCUUAUCGAGGGAUCCCUUUGGGACUGUGUGGUCCCUGUCUGAAGCGGACUGCUCCCGGGCCCAGAACCAGUCUGUUCCCUCACUGGCCCAGUUUCUGGAGUUGGCGGCCUGUAGCGAUAAACUAGUGCUGUUUGACCUGCACAGGCCAUCGUACGGUCAUCCCUGCUACCAGUCAUAUAUCAACACCACUCUGCAGGUGGUGCAGGCCCACAUCAACUCCUCACAGGUGCUGUGGCUGCCAUCUGAGGACAGGGAACUAGUCCAGGCUGUGGACCCAGAGCUGCAGCAGACCUCUGGAGAAAAGGCGUCUAUUCAGGAUCUGAGAGACGGCCACAUCACCAGACUGAACCUGCACUACAGCACCAUGUCACAACAACAGUUCAGUAAGUACCAGUCGGUGAACAUCAGCACCAACCUGUACGUGAUCAGCCAGCCGUGGCUCUACACUCUGGCCUGGUGUGCCGGAGCUCAGUCCGUGACCACCAACUCGGUCCACAUCCUGUCCAACAUCAACAAGCCGCUCUUCCUCAUGACUCCAGAGCAAUAUAGUUUAAUGUGGAUUCUGACUGAUGCUGUGUCGGCCUUCCUCAUCAUUGCAGUUUUCAUAUUUCACUGGUGGAGAGAGAGAGGCCUGCCCUUCUGGUCCGGCAGCCGUCAGACUCAUGAGAACGGACCAUACAGCAAGUUCCGGACGGACUCCUCCGAGGUCAUCUGUGUUCGCUGGAGCCCCCUCCACUCCGACCCCCCUGCCGGAGCCCUCAACAUCUCCCUCCCCUUGGUCUUCAACCCAUGACACCCUGCAUGACACCCUGCAUGACACCCUGCAUGUCAGCCCUGCCGGAGACCUUGUAUGAACCCUGAACCCCGUGUGACCUGUGCUCCCAUGUGUCCUGUAGAAAACUAGCUUGAGCCCUGGAUGAAGCCCAGAGAGAGAGAUUUGUGUGUGAUUUAACCGGCUGGAGGGAUCGAGUCCUUCAUAUAAUCCUGACUACAGUUCAUGUGUCCGGGCCUCAUGCAUCAUCUCUACAUUUAUGCUUGGCUGAAACACAGAAACGUGUUAUCAUUAAUGAGACUUUCAAUACUCAUGUCACCUGUACGUACCCAGACCCUCAUAUUUGUUUCUCGUGCCCCUCCUCCAGAAUUGCCUCUGUAUUACCCACAAUGCCACUUGUUUUGACCUUUGCCCCUCCUUUCCCGCUUUUGCAGAGCUGAGUGACGUGUGGUCCAUC